CCAAACUUUGUGGAAUCCAACUCUAGAUAAGCAGGAAAGGACGACAACCUUGGAAAUGAUUUUGUGUAGUUGGAAGUUCUGGGGUACGAGAUGCUAACACCUUUGUUCUUUUUCUGUUUAAUCUGCAUUGUUAAAUUUAUAUAGUAUGCCUUUCAGAGUUAACAGAUAGGAUAUGAGGGCCAGCGCUCCAAAGUGUGUGUCUAAGUUCAUAUACCUUAAAAUCUGUUGUGAUUAGCCUCACAUAACCCCCAUAGGCCUGUGUGCCCUUUUAUAAAUCCCCACCAUUUGCUGUCUGAUGAGAUGUAGGAAGAGUAGAAAUAAAAGAUGAAUUGUAUGAUGUGUUCAGUAUGCAGGCAGCCUUGUCACUAAGACAUCUGCAUUGAUGGGGGCAUGAGUGUGAAGCAGGGAUUCAGGAAAAUAGGCAGCAGAACCCAAGAGGAAGGGAUUUAACCUCAGGUGGAAAAAAGCCUUCCCUCUUUCAUUCAGCUUCUGCAAAGUUUUAAUAAAGUAAACAUUAUUUUUAUUGUUUGGCUUUGUUUUGUAAGUUUUUCCUCGUUUAUCACCUUGCAUGGUGGUGGUGGCAGCAGCCACUGGUACUUGAUGGGUUUAGAAAGACAUAGAGUAGUGCCUGAUGAAUUGUACUUCUGAGAAUAUAGACAGUAUCAUUGUAAUCUUUUCCCCCCAAAAAUCUUCUUUUAUUGUGGAAAUCUUCAAGCAUCUGAAAAUAAAGAGAAUAGUAUAAUUUUUUCUGUAUAUCCAUCAUCUGGCUUCAGAUAAUUGUCAACUUACGGCAAAUCUUGUUUCAUCUGCAACGCACUACUCUAUAGACUAUUUUGAAGCAAAUCUCAGACAUUAUAUUAAUUAAGUAUUUCAGCAUGUAGGGCUCCACUUUGGGCAUAGAGUCUACUUAAAAAAAUUUUUUUCAGUAUGUGGCUCUAAAAGAUAUUUUAAAAAUGUAACCAUAGUGCCAUUAUUGCACUGAAAGAAAUGAAUGACUUCUUGAUAUCAUCAAAUUCCCAGUGUUCAGAUUUCCUUAUCUCAUAAAUGUGUGUUUUACACUUGGCUCAAAUUAAGAUCUAGAUGCAAUCUAUACACUGUUGUUGGUUGAUAUGUUUCUUAAGUUUCUGAUAAUCCGUAGGUCUUUCUUGCUUCCUCCUGUGUAUUCUUGUACCCUUGAGAUUUAUUACUUGAAGAAAUUUUUUUCCUGAAGUUUCCAGUCUGAAUUUUGCUUGUUGCAUCCUUGUGAUAGCAUGUUCCUCUGUUUCCAUAUCUCUAAUUUAGUGGUUAGAGCUGCAUUGCCCAGUAUGGUAGAUAUGUAUCGCUAUUGGGCACUUGAAAGAGAGUUUGAAAUGGAGUUUGAAUUGAGUUGAAUAAUUACACCUAUGGAUCACAUUUCUAUUGGACAGCACUGAUUAAAAGUGCACACAUUUUUUGACCACAUACAGAUUGGAGUUUUCUGAAGAAUAUAUUAUACACCUGGUGUGUACUCCAUUCAGGAGGACUAAUGUCUAGUUGUCUGUUUUUGUGAUCUUAGCAGCCACUGGUAAUCAAGACCUAAAGUCAUUCCUUUGGAGUUGCAAAACAGUGAUAGUUUAAUUCUGCCUUUCUUUCUUUAGUUAUUAGCUGGAAUACUUCUAAAAGGGGAAACAUCCCCUCAUCAACCAUUUGGUUACUGCAGGGUACAAUUGGUACAGGAAAGGCAAAUACAUAUUUUUUUUAUUUACUAGUUUUCAAAUUAAUGAGCUGGUUCCCUAGAAUCCUCCAAAGGUAACAAGUGAGUUUUAUUUUGAAGUAUCACUAUGAACUCAGAUCUAACCAUAAUUGUCUUUCAACCCAUUGUUAUUAUUUAUCAAUUGUCUCAUCUUUGGUCACUGGGAGCCUUUUUUUCAAUUUUUUUUUUUUUUUAAUGUUUGUUUAUUUUUGAGACAGAGACAGAGCAUGAACGAGGGAGGGUCAGAGAGAGAGGGAGACACAGAAUCUGAAGCAGGCUCCAGGCUCUGAGCUGUCAGCACAGAGCCUGACGCGGGGCUCGAACUCAUGGACUGUGAGAUCAUGACCUGAGCCGAAGUCGGCCGCCCAACCGACUGAGCCACCCAGGUGCCCCUGCUGGGAGCCUUUUUAACUCAGUUUCUGAAUUCCCUUUCAAUUCCAGUAUUCCAUUCCAAAUUUGUUUUACAUAUUACCUAUUCCAAACCUGGAAACAGUCAUUUAUCUAAUAAUAAAUUAGUGGAAAAGGUAUUUAUAGGCCAUAAUCUGCAUGAUAGGGGUGGUCAUUGUUAUUGCUGCUUCUUGUUUGUUGAUUUUUAUGCUUUUAGUCAGAACUAGGAAUUACAGUUCCCUUGAGCCAUCAGCCUUUUUCUAAAUCAUCCCUUUUUUAUACCUAUAUUCUUUUUUUUUAAUGUUUAUUUAAUUUUGAGAGAAAGAGAGAAAGAAUCCUAAGCAGGCUCCAAGCUGCCAGUGUAGAGCCUGAUGCAGGGCUUGAACCCACGAACCACGAGGUAAUGACCUAGGCCGAAACCAAGAGUCGACACUUAACCCACUGAGCCACCCAGGCACCCCUGUACCUAUGUUCUUUUUAUAUUGAACAUAAAUUAAUGAAAAUAGAGAAAUAAACUCAUUCAAAGAUGAAUCAGAAAUGUGUUGAUUCAUCAUGUCCUGUAUAUACAAGAAUAUUGUUUAUCUUAUUUCCCAAAAGAGGAGACCCUGGGUUGGGAGAUACUCUAACAAAAAGCAUUUAUUUUAAGAAAUUAGGUAAAUACAAGAAAGAUUAAAAAAUGAAAUAGAUUAGUUGUAUGUUAAAUACUAAGUGUUCUUAGUGGCUGAGUUUAUGACGUCAAAGAAUUUGCUACAAGCCAAUGAACUUAAUCACUCUAAACCCAUUCAUGUUCCUAUGUCCAUGUGACUUGGGCAAGGGUGUAUCAAGAAGCUUAGACAGCAUUAUGCCAUCUGCUGUAGCAAUUCACUUCUACAUAUUUUGUCCACAGGGGAGCUAUCCUGGGAAUCACAAGGCAGCCUGCCCCAGUCCUGCUCAGCCAUCUCUACACUCCUCUGACAGAAUGAAUGCCCUCGAUGAUGUCCCCUUCAAGGUGCCCAACGGCUUUGUGAUAGGCACAGAGCCCCUUCCUGGGCCAGAGCUCAGCGUCCCAGCUUGCAGGGAGCUUCUGCUGGGUUCUAUGCACGACUUCAGCCUGGAGAGGAGGGCGCUCUUCUGGGUAGAGGCUGUCCUCCGGGGACCCUGCCCGUUCCAGUGCGACGCCCCGGGAACGGCGUCAGCGCCUCCCGCCUGGCUGUUGCUGGUGAGUUCCGACCGCGAGCCGGUGCCGAUGCCUGCCGCAGACAUGGGCCCUGAGGCUGGACCCCAGCAGCGGCUUGAGGAGGAGGUGGAGGAGGAAGAAAACCAGGACGAGGACCACGACGAAGAAGAAGCCGCCUCCGCCAGCGAGGAAGAGCCACGUCCUUGCAGCCCCCAGCCUGGGCCCCCUGCGAGCCCCGCCCCCCCUGCGAGUCCCGGCCCUGGCCAUCCACGGUGCUCGCUGGACGUGCUGAGCGGCAUGAGGUCGGAGCUGGCCGGAGCGCGGCGGCGGCUCUCUGAGGGCAGGCUGGCCGCCCGCCCCCGCGCCCUCCUGCACCGCAUCCGCCACCGGGCGCUGAGCCUCUGCCCCAGCCCGGCACCGAGUCAGUGCCCCGUGCCGCCCCCGGGGCCCGCGCCCCCACUCCCCAGCACCCCCGCGCCGCCCCCGCGGCCCUCCACGGCCGGCGCCAUGCCCCCGCUGCGGAGUCACAAGCCCACGGUCGCGUCCCUCAGCCCGUAUACCUGCCUGCCACCUCUUGGGGGGGUGUCUCAGAGUCUCAGCACCUGUAGAGCACACCCUGCUUCUGCUGACCUGCUGUCUGCCCUGAGCCAGGAGGAGCAAGAUCUCAUCGGGCCAGUGGUUGCCCUGGGGUAUCCCCUGCACAGGGCUAUCGGGGCUCUGCAGAAGACAGGGCGACAGAGCCUGAGCCAGUUUCUCAGCUACCUUAGCGCCUGUGAUCGGCUGCUUCGGCAAGGCUAUGAGGAGGGCCUGGUGGAGGAGGCCAUGGAGAUGUUCCAGUUCUCCGAGAGCCAGGCAGGGGAAUUCCUGCACCUCUGGGAACAGUUCAGUGACAUGGGCUUCCAGCAGGACCGGAUCAAGGAAGUACUGCUGGUCCAUGGCAACCGCCGUGAGCAAGCCCUGGAGGAGCUGGUGGCCUGUGCCCAGUGACCUCGGCGCUUUCCACAAUGCCUGUGCGUCCCUCAACCCGUGCCAGACCUGGCAAUCCAUUCCAGCUCUGUUAUUAAGACUAUAUAAGAGGGGUGCCUGGCUGGCUUAGUUGGAGCAUGUGUCUCUUGUUCUCAGGGUUGUAAGUUCAAGCCCCACUUUGGAUAUAGAGAUUACUAAAAAAAAAAAAAAAAAAAAGUAAGUAAACUUACAAAAAAAAAAAAAAAA